UUUCGGGGUCGGGAUUUUUCGGUGUUAAUCUUUUUUGGAUCAAAGUUGGGGUUAUAACAAAGCCUACUUAAAAAUUUUAGGAAAGCCACAGCUAAAUUUUUUCUAUUUUCAUCGCCUAACUCGAAAAUUUUGAGAAUUUCUUUACAAUUUGAUUCUUAUAAAUUUUUGUUUUCCUCAUCUUUUUCAAUUAUUAUUAGGAAUGCAUCAAGAAGAAAGUUCUGGAUCAACACAACAUUCUGUGGAACCUAAUGUUUUUAAUCAAUUAGACGAUAAAAUUCGUUCUUUGCUUGAAGGAGAAUUUGGCGACUUGCCACCUAUUGAGGGUAUAGAUGUUUGGCAGUUAGGUGAUAUUUAUUCUUCUUAA